AUGGAUGAUAGAGUAGUAGAUAACGUAUUCAGUGGUAAACUAACAGAUCUUCCGACUUUGAGCUCAAAGAUUGUCAGAAUAUUCACGAGCUCUACGUUUACGGAUAUGUCACUUGAAAGAAAUAUGUUAAUGCAAAAUGUUUAUCCAAAAAUUAAACAAUAUUGUAAAGAAAGACAUGGACUUGAAUUUCAAGUGGUUGAUAUGAGAUGGGGUGUUAGGGAUGAGGCUACAGACGAUCACAUGACAAAUGAAUUGUGUUUAAAGGAAAUAGAGAACUGUCAGAGAUUAUCAAUGGGUCCUAACUUUGUUGUAUUUGUUGGACAAAAAUAUGGUUAUCGUCCAAUUCCUUCAACAAUAGAAGGACAAGAAUUUCGAUUAUUGAGACAACAGUUGAUUAAUAUGAAUAUAAGUGAAGCAGAAUUGUUGGACAUCUGGUAUAAAGAGGAUACCAACGCUGUUCCGUCCGUUUUUAUAUUGCAACCGAUUAGCUCUAUAUUAAUUAAUUUUACAAAUACAUCUGAACCAGAACUCCAGUCCAGAGAUCAGAGCAAUUGGUGGCAAAUACUCUAUAAGUUACAGAUAUUGUUGCGAAUGUCAGCCACAGCUCUGUUUGAAAGCAAUAAACUCAGUGCAGAAGUCAAACACAAUUAUCAUAUGUCAGUAACUGAACGCGAGAUAACCAAUGGUUUGCUAAAAGUUUCAAAUGCUAGACGACAUUGUUUAGCAUAUAUUAGACAAAUCAAUAAAAUCGAUUUGACUGACACUAAAGUUGUCGAAAAGUUCAUUGAUUUGACGACAAAGGGUGACAUCGAUAGAGAGGCACAGUCUUUGCUCAGUUAUCUCAGAGAUAACCAAAUAGUUAAGCGAAUAAACUCACAUAAUCUGGCAAAAUUUACAGUGGAUUGGAGUUCAAAACAGGGACUUAAUAUUGACAACCAUUCAGAAUAUAUACAAGAAUUUUGUCAACAUUUCUAUAAUAAUAUAACAAAAUUAGUGCGAAAAGCGAUGCGUAAAGAAGAUAUCAGUCCUUUUGGUAGUCUAUUCAAUGAAAUACUAUAUCACUUGAAUUCAUGUAAUAGUAAUACACAGGUUUUUGAGGGCAGAAAACAACAGUUAAAAGCUAUUGAAAAUUAUAUAAAAAGUGAGUCAAACUUACCUCUAGUACUUCAUGGAGAGCACGGAUGCGGCAAAACAUCACUUCUCGCCAAAGCUGCAACUCUUCUGAAAGAAUGGCUGAAAAGUGAUGAAAAAUAUACAUUAAUUGUCAGAUUCAUUGGGACCACACCCGACAGUUCUGCAGUGAUUCCCCUUUUAACGAGUAUUUGCCAACAAAUUUCAUACAACUUUAUGUUGCCUUUUAAUGAACUGCCCGAUGAUCUAAUAGGCCUUACCUUUCAUUUUAAGCAAAUUCUGCUCAAAACCAAAGAACAAAAUAUUUUUAUUUUUAUUGAUUCUAUCGAUCAGUUGUCUGAUAAUAUCGAGUCUAGCAUUAAGUUGUCUUUUCUCAGUCAACAGUUACCAAACAACGUGAAAGUCAUAAUCUCCUGUUCCUCAUGCGAUGAAUCUAAAGAUUUUGAGUCAUUGAAUUGUAUUAUUGAUAAUAAGCAGCACUUUAUAGAAGUUGAAGCACUGGGACCUCAGUUGGCAAUUGAUAUGAUUAGAAGUUGGCUUCAAUUAGUCAAACGUGAUAUCACUGCAAACCAGUGGCAAACAGUAGAGACUGUCAUCAAAGAGUGCUCUCUUCCUAUAUUUGCUAAACUUAUUUUCGCUGAAAUUAUACGCUGGAAGUCAUACUCACAGCCAAAUCAUACCAUACUUUUCAACACAACAAUGGACAACAUUUUUAAACUAUUUGAACGAAUUGAAGUACAACACGGAAAGACAUUAGUAUCACACGCUCUCUCAUAUAUAACAGCAUCUAAAAAUGGUUUGAGUGAAAGUGAAUUGGAGGACUUGUUAUCAUUAGACGACAUUGUUUUGGAUGAUGUCUUUCAAUAUCAUUUACCUCCAGUUAGAAGAAUAGCUCCACUUUUGUGGACAAGAAUUAGAAAUGAUUUACCAAAUUAUUUGACCGAAAGAGAUGCCAAUGGUGUGAAUGCAAUGAAUUGGUAUCACAAACAGUUCAGAGACGCCUCAAUACAAAGAUAUUUUGUCAAAGAAGAAGUGGUUCAAUAUUUUCAUUCAUCAAUAGCUGACUAUUAUUUAGGCAUUUGGAGCGGUGRUUCAGAAAAGCCUUUCAAAUAUACAAAAUCUCAAAGAAAACGAUUUAAUAUAACAGAGACUGAAUCAAAAGCCGACCGAAAAGUGCCGACUCAGCCAUUGGCCUACUUUACGAUUGACGGAAAAAUUUUGAGAUAUAACUUAAGAAAACUGGCAGAACUGCCCUAUCAUUUGAUUAGAGCCAACAGAUUUCAUGAUUUAUUAAAAAUUGUUUUAUUUGACUACAAUUGGUUACAUUCAAAGCUCAGUUGUUUUUCAUUGCAGUCAAUAUUAGCCGACUUUUCGGAUGCCAUACAUUAUAUGAGCAAAUAUUAUGAUAACCAAAAUGUAUUAAAAGAGAUUUCAUUAUUGGCCGAUGCUUUAAAGUUAUCGGCACCGGUAAUAGUGGACAAUCCAAAUAUGAUUGCACCACAAAUUUUAGCCAGACUUUUAUCACUUCGUAACGAAUAUCCAAAUAUAAAUCAUUUAUUAAAACAAUGCGAUUCUAAGGGAUCUUCACAUUGCGCUCUUUUACCUGUUAAUCACUGUCUGCACACACCUGGAGGACCAUUGGUUUAUUCACUAGAAGGACAUUCAUUUGGAAUUUGGGAUUUUGCACUGACAUCCGAUUCACAAUAUGUUAUAUCUGUAUCGAAUCGCUUUAUUAUUUGGGACCUGUCCACCGCUGAGAUAUCACUAGAAAUUGAUCCCAUUGUCAGUGGUAUAAUGUUUUCAGUUUUGUUAACUUCUGAUGACAAAUAUGCAAUAACUUAUACAAAUUAUAAUCAAAUAUUAAUAUUAAAUAUAAUAUCAUCGGAAUUAAUAGUUAUUUCAUUAAAUAAACUAAAUAUUACUGAAGAUAUUUUAGGAUUAUCAUUAAGUUGGGAUCAAAAACAGUGCGUUGUCUGGACUAGUAAUGAAUGGAUAGUUUUCGAUACAAAAUCAAUUAAUAUUUCUAUGGAUUCAUAUAUAACUAAAUACAUGAUUGAUAAAGAAUUUGAUAAUUUAUUAGAUGAAAAACUGUCAUUAGUUAUGAUUGAAUAUAUUAAAGAAAAUGAAAGACAUUUGAUUUAUGAAACAAAACAAGAAAAUCAAUUUAUUUUACUAACUAUUCAUAAUUGUAGGUUAUAUCAAAAAAUUGAUUUUUGGUAUACAUUUGCAUUGAAUAAUAGUCGCACAGUUAUCUUUGUUGGCGACCAAUUGGGUCGAGUUUGCUAUCAUAGAAAACGCAGAAAUAAAUGGUCGCCAAAGCUUUAUCUGUCACCUGAAUUAGUUCAUAACUCUGAUGAAGAGUCAAAGAGUAAUAAUCAAUUACUUUAUUUAAAAGUAUAUAAAACCAAAUUUUUGGUUGCAUUUCGUUUAAGAGGAUUUCAUAUAUGGACUAUUGAUUCACUUCCGUUAAGUAAUCAAUGUCUUUACCUUUCACUACCAAAUAAUGUACUUAAUAUUCAAUUAAAACCAUUUAAAUGUCCAAAUCCUUUGGUAAUCACAAAGUCUAACCAAUAUGUUAUUGGAGGCAUCAGAAAGUGUUUUUACAUUUGGUCUCUUCAGAGCUCACAACUUCUUAAGACAUUAGACGCACACUUCUCCAGAAUUUUGGAAAUGAAGUCUUGUAUUAUUAAUGAUUUGGAUGCUAUUGUUUCGUCAUCUUUGGAUAAAACAAUCAAAGUAUGGAAUAUUAAAAAUCUUUUUGAGAAAAGCCAUACAAUUAACAGAAUGGAUCUACCAAUUGAUUCAAUAAGUUUUUCAUCUGUCAAGAACAUAGUUAUGACAACAACACGAAACUCUUUGGGCAUUUGGUCUCUAGAAACGGGUCAACUCUUGACCACUUUGUCUGAUUCAAAGAUUGGUGCCAUUGUUACUCAGGCACUGAUCUCAGACAAUGGCAAUUAUAUUGUAUGCAUUGAAUGCAAUAACUUAAUUAUAUGGGACUUAAAUGAUUUCAAUGUCACAUACAAAGAGCUACACUUAAAUGUCAAACAAUUGUCUUUAGCCGAUAACGAUUCCAAAGUCAUUAUUGUAAAUUGCAUUUCUGAUGAAAAUGAUAUCAAACAAAUGGUUUUAACCGUUAGAUCAGUUCCAUCGGGUGAUAAACUAUAUGAAAUACCAUUCAUUUCUAUAAAUAGAUGUAAUAAUUUAGUGGUGAUUACAAAAGAUAAUAAACAUAUAAUAUUGACAAUUGUUGAAAACACAUACAAUGAAGACACAGUUAUUGGACUAAUUAGUACAGAUUUUUCAUAUAUUAUUGACAUUUACACACAAAGAGUUUUGAUCAAAAUUAAGCGAUGGAAUGGACAGAUAGAUUCUGACGGCAAAUACGGAUUGUUUUCACCCGCAAGAGGUGGUCUCGAACUCAUUGAACUCAAGUACGGAUCAACUAUUAAAGUAUUGUUGCCUCAGACCACUGAAGGAAUGGUUAAUGUUGUGACUGGUUUUACAUCUGAUGACUGCUAUGUCUAUUAUUAUCAUACAAUCAAAAAGUCUCUUCUACUUAUCCGUUUAAAAGAUGGUAAUGUUAUUGCAAACUAUAAGCUGAGUGCAGAAGCAAAAGAUAUCAAAUCAAGUCCUGACUCAAGAUAUUUGGUGGUCGGAGGGGUUGAUGGAAGUCUGAUUGUACUUAUAAUAGCUGAUCACAAAAGCAGAGAUGGUCUCAAAUAUAUCAAUGAAUUGCCCACUCGAUUGUCAGAUUGCGAUCAGAAGACACGCGAUCCCUCCAAGACAUGGAAAGUCAUCUCUAAAUUGGCAGUCAUUGCAGCUAAAAGUCAAUCAAAGAGUUCCCAAAACGAUUCAAAAACUUGUGUUUUAUCUUAA